UCAUAUAAACUUCUGUCAUUUGUUUUCUAUUCGAUGUUGUAGAAAUUCCAAACUUUUUUGCCUCCACUUUUGACCAGUAUUUAAGCGCAUGCGGAGUUGGCGAAUUUAACGGAGGAUCAGCGAGAGGAACCGUAAUGGAAGUCUCCAUGGGGCACCAGAACAUCUGCUGCGACGGCUGCCAGAGGGUGGAGUUCCGAGGACGGCGCUUCCGCUGCAUGCGCUGCACGAACUAUGACCUGUGCGGCGAUUGCUACGACCAGCAGAUCGAGACGCAGGCGCACAGCAUCGACCAUCCCAUGCAGCUAAUCCCGGAGCCCGGCCAGGAGCCUGGCCUGCAACUCGGCAACGAAAUGCUCGAGCUGGUGCACCUGUCCAACUGCUACACCUGCCCCUACUGCGGCCUCUUUGGGUGCUCGGCCAAGCAGCUGAUCAAGCACGUGUACGACCAGCACCGCCUCUCCGAGGGCUACGUGGCCUGUCCGAUGUGCGCCAGCCUGCCGUCCGUCGAACUGCUGGCGAUCCGCAACCUGUCGCGUCACCUGCUGCUCAACCACAUCGACCAGGCCAAUCAGCUGGAGCCGGACACGCCGCCACUGCGCCGGAUAAUGACCAGGAGCUUGCAGCGCAUCCGCCGACGCCGCCAGCAGCCACAGCAGCAAUCAUCAAGGGAGAUUCCUGCCAUUCUGGCCAUCGAUGACGUGGCCAUGCCCCCGGAGCACCAAGAUCGCACGGAGAACGAAGAGAGCUUAAACUCCAGCGUGGACCCAUCAGCCAAACAGCCUCGGGAGGGCUAUCUCCUGGGGCAAUGGGUUGCGGAGCAGGAACGCAUCUACCGGAAUGCAGAGAGCUCAGUCAUUCAGAGGCGCCAGCAUGCACUCUUCACAGAGCACCUCCUGCUAUCCAUGCUCAGUGCCGAGGAGCUGCAGCUGCCGGAGAAAAAGCAGUCAGAGAUGGAACGGAGCCUGAAACACCAAAAGGAGCUGACCUCAGUCAUGUCACUGAUGUCCUUACCAUGGACCAGGCUGCGGCAGGUCACCCAAUGGGAGGGCAAGAGGCUACUGAGCUCCACCGUGGGUGAACUCGAUGUGGAUUUAAUACGGGAUCAGAUAGCCUGGUUGGAAAGGGCUGAGGCGGGGUCGGAGGAGGAGGAGGCCAUAGACUAGAGGCAAUUAACGGUGCUGCCAAAAAAGUGUCAUUAAUAUUUUUGUUUUUCUAUUUUCAAGGACCUGAUAUAUAUUGUUGAGGUUUGGUUAAUUUUAAAUGCAAAAUCGGCUAAAUUUUUGUGAAAAU